AAAUUUAAUAUGAUAUCUUUUUGUUGAUAAUUAAACUUGUGAAAUAAUUUUUCAUAUGUUGGGUGGGCCUUUUGCGAGAGGACUUGUAUGUUUGCUACUUGGGUCGAAGGCCCUUUCUUAAAUUCACAAGAGGAAAAAUGGUUUAUGGCUGAAACUCGCGGACCCAAGUUUAAAUUAUAACAACAAAGCAACAGUCACUCUCUUCUUCGACCGCAUCAAAACCCCCCAAAACCCCUCCCAGAGACUUAGCUUCACGCGAAUCAUGCAUUUUCUUUUCCGCAAAGCCAACGGCUAAUCCUCUCAUCCUCCCCGCUUCACGUUUUCUUUCUUUUUUUUUCUUAUCCUUCCAUUUGGUUUUCCGUUUUCACUUGCGUUUUUAAAUUAUCACAAGAAACCCUAACCCUAAAACCGAGUAACUUCUUCCAAUGACGAAGGUCCAUGGAACCGGCGUUUACGACUUCAAACGCCACCGGGUGGCCGAGUACCCGGUCGAGUUCACCGAUAAAGCGGAUUCAAAACCCGCCCUCGGUUCAUCCCUUCCCAGCUCUAUUACUUUAUCUGAAAUCCAGCGAGAUCAGCUGACUAGAAUAGCGGCCGCCAAUUGGCUAAAGAGCGGAGGUUCGAAGCCCAACAAGCCCUUCGAUCCUCUGCUGGUUAAGGAGAUUUAUGAUACGGAGCUUACUGUGAAGUCGGAAGGGAAGUCUCAGAGGAAAACGGUACCGUUGCAAAGGGUUAUGAUAUUGGAAGUCAGUCAGUAUUUGGAGAAUUACUUGUGGCUGAAUUUUGAAGCAGAGACGGCGUCGUAUGAGCACGUUAUGUCCAUGAUUUUGAUGGUUAAUGAGAAGUUUCGAGAGAAUGUGGCUGCUUGGUCAUGCUUUUAUGAUCGGAAGGAUGUGUUCACAGGAUUCCUUGAGAGGGUACUUCGGCUUAAGGAGGGAAGAGAAUUAACGAUUGCAGAGAAAACGAAUUAUCUGGUUUUUAUGAUCAAUGCUUUUCAGAGUUUGGAAGAUGAAAUUGUCAGGGAAACUGUCCUUAGAUUAGCAAGUUUGCGAUCCUGGCAUAGUUUGUCAUAUGGUCGUUUUCAGAUGGAACUUUGUCUUAAUCCAGAUUUGAUCAAGAAAUGGAAAAGAAUGAUAAAGAAAGAAUAUGAUGAUGCUAAGAAGCAAGGAGUGCAUCUUGAUCCCCUAUUUUCGUUGGAAGCAAACUUCUUGAGAAAUCUGAUAGAAGAGUUUCUUGAGGUGCUUGAUCACAAAGUUUUUUCCCAGAAGCAUUCUGUCACUGAAGAUGAUGAACUUAAUGCUGCUAGUAGUUUUGAGCAAGUUGAUGAUGCUUCUAUUUUGUACUGUGAGAGGUUUAUGGAAUUUCUCAUUGAUUUAUUGAGUCAACUACCAACAAGGAGGUACCUAAGGCCUCUUGUGGCUGAUGUAGCUGUUGUUGCCAAAUGCCAUUUAAGUGCUCUUUAUAGACAUGACAAAGGGAAACUCUUCGCACAACUUGUGGAUUUGCUACAGUUCUAUGAAAAUUUUGAGAUAAAUGAUCAUGUUGGCACUCAGUUGACAGAUGAUGAGGUGCUCCAAUCUCAUUAUGAUCGUGUUCAAUCCUUCCAGCUUCUUGCUUUUAAGAAAUUUCCCAAGUUGCGAGAACUUGCACUGGCCAACAUUGGUGCAAUACACAAGCGUGCAGAUCUCUCAAAGAAAUUAUCUGUACUUUCUCCUGAAGAAUUAAAGGAUUUGGUUUGCUGUAAGCUCAAACUGGUUUCAAAGGAAGAUCCUUGGUCAGAUAGGGUUGAUUUUCUCAUUGAGGUGAUGGUCUCUUUUUUUGAGAAACAGCAGUCUCAGAAGGAAGCCAUAAAUGCUCUUCCUCUCUACCCAAAUGAGCAGAUUAUGUGGGAUGAAAGCGUUGUGCCAAGUAUUAAUUACUCUGGUGAAGGUUGUCUAGCUCUUCCAAAGCUUAACCUACAAUUCUUAACCCUCCAUGAUUAUCUUCUAAGGAAUUUCAAUCUCUUCCGUCUUGAAUCUACAUAUGAAAUUCGUGAGGACAUCCAGGAAGCCGUUCCACACCUUCUUGCCUACAUCAAUAAUGAGGGAGAAACUGCAUUUCGUGGCUGGUCAAGAAUGGCUGUGCCAAUAAAAGAAUUCAAAAUCACUGAGGUAAAGCAGCCAAAUAUCGGGGAAGUCAAGCCUGCUUCUGUAACUGCAAAGGUUACUUACAGCAUUUCUAGUUAUAAAGCACGAAUAAGAUCAGAAUGGGACGCCCUUAAGGAGCAUGAUGUUUUAUUUUUGCUAUCUAUUAGUCCCUUAUUUAAACCUCUAAGUGCAGAGGAAGAUGCUAAAGCUAGUGUGCCACAGAAGCUUGGCCUGCAGUAUGUACGAGGAUGUGAAAUUAUUGAGAUCCAUGACGAGGAGGGGACUCUCAUGAAUGAUUUUAGUGGAAGAACUAAACGUGAGGAGUGGAAGCCACCAAAAGGUGAACUAAGAACCGUGACUGUUGCUUUAGAUGCUGCACAAUAUCACAUGGAUGUCACCGACAUUGCUGAAAAAGGUGCUGAAGAUGUUUAUGGGACAUUUAAUGUGUUGAUGAGGAGGAAGCCUAAGGAAAAUAACUUCAAAGCAAUUUUAGAGUCUAUCAGAGAUCUUAUGAAUGAAUAUUGUAUUGUUCCUGAUUGGUUGCAUAAAAUAUUUUUGGGCUAUGGGCAUCCUUCUGCUGCACAGUGGACAAAUAUGCCUGAUCUUCUAGAAACGGUGGAUUUUAAAGAUACUUUUCUUAGCGCAGACCAUUUGAAAGAGAGUUUUUCACAUUAUCAGGUUUGCUUCAUUGAUUCAGAUGGUGGAGAAAAUUUGGAUCCAAGGCCGCCUUUCUGUAUCAAGCUUCCUCGGUCACUUAAAAGCAACACUCAUGCUCUGUCAGGAAAUGGAAGAUCUGAUACCGGUUCAGUCAAUGAUGCCAAUAUGGUGGAUGCAUGUGUUGAAAAAGAAAAACUAAUUGUUGAAGCUUAUAUCCCUCCUGACCCAGGUCCUUAUCCCCAAGAUCAACCAAAACAGAACUCUGUUAGAUUUACAUCUACCCAGAUUGGAGCAAUUAUCUCAGGUAUUCAGCCUGGAUUAACUAUGGUUGUGGGUCCACCAGGAACGGGGAAAACUGAUACAGCAGUGCAAAUAUUGAAUGUUCUCUAUCACAAUUGUCCAUCCCAGAGAACAUUAAUAAUUACUCACUCAAAUCAGGCUUUGAAUGAUCUUUUUGAGAAGAUAAUGGAGAGGGAUGUGCCAGCACGCUAUCUUCUUCGUCUUGGUCAGGGUGAGCAAGAGCUAGCAACUGAUCUGGACUUCAGUAGGCAGGGCCGUGUGAAUGCAAUGCUUGUUCGACGGCUGGAACUGCUAAGUGAGGUAGAGAGGCUUGCAAAAUCCCUACGACUUCCUGAAGAUGUAGGGUAUACUUGUGAAACUGCUGGAUAUUUUUGGUUGCUUCAUGUAUAUUCACGCUGGGAGCAAUUCCUUGCCGCUUGUGCGGGUAACGAAGAUAAACCAACAUUUAUUCAAGAUCUCUUCCCUUUCAAGGAGUUCUUCUCCAACAGCCCUCAGGCAGUCUUUACUGGCCAAUCAUUUGAGAAAGACAUGAGGGCGGCCAAGGGGUGCUUUCGUCAUCUUAAGACUAUGUUCCAAGAGCUUGAAGAGUGCAGGGCAUUUGAAUUGCUCAAAUCAACAGCUGAUCGGGCAAAUUACCUGAUGACCAAGCAGGCAAAGAUUGUGGCAAUGACAUGUACCCAUGCAGCCCUAAAGAGAAAGGAUUUUCUGCAACUUGGUUUCAAGUAUGACAACUUGUUGAUGGAAGAAAGUGCCCAGAUUCUGGAGAUUGAAACUUUCAUACCAAUGUUGCUCCAACGACAGGAGGAUGGUUAUGCACGGCUUAAACGCUGCAUAUUGAUUGGUGAUCAUCACCAGCUGCCUCCUGUUGUGAAAAAUAUGGCUUUCCAAAAGUACAGCCAUAUGGAUCAGAGUUUGUUUACAAGAUUUGUUCGGCUGGGUAUUCCUUACAUUGAGCUUAAUGCUCAGGGUAGAGCCAGGCCAAGUAUAGCCCAACUUUAUAAUUGGAGGUACCGGGAUUUGGGGGACCUUCCUUAUGUGAAAGAGGAAGCUAUCUUCCACAGAGCAAAUGCUGGAUUUUCCUUUGAUUACCAAUUAGUGGAUGUGCCCGAUUACCAUGGGAGAGGUGAGACUGCUCCCUCUCCUUGGUUUUAUCAAAAUGAAGGUGAAGCUGAAUAUGUUGUCAGUGUCUAUAUAUACAUGCGGUUGCUUGGCUACCCUGCGAAUAAAAUUUCCAUCUUGACAACUUACAAUGGUCAGAAGCUUCUGAUUCGUGAUGUUAUCAACAGACGAUGUCUUCCAUAUGAUUUUAUUGGUCCACCCAGUAAGGUUACCACGGUUGAUAAGUUUCAAGGCCAGCAAAAUGAUUUCAUUUUGCUUUCCCUUGUUCGUACUCGCUUUGUUGGUCACCUUCGCGAUGUUAGAAGAUUGGUGGUUGCUAUGUCUCGUGCUCGCCUUGGCUUGUAUGUCUUUUGUCGUCGUUCUCUGUUCGAGCAAUGUUAUGAACUCCAGCCUACUUUCCAACGGCUGCUUCAGAGACCUGAUCAUCUUGCACUAAAUUUGAAUGAGGGCACAUCAUUUACUGAACGCCAUGUUGAAGACAUUGGGCAUCCUUAUCUUGUUAGCAGUGUUGAGGAGAUGGCUAACAUAGUUUUUGGCAAAAUAAAUCAAUUACAACAGGCACAUAACACGUAUCAGUACAUGGCUUAUUCUGAACAAUUCAUGGGAACAUCGGAGGAGCAAAACAGUGAGCACAAUUCAUUAUCCUCAAACCAGGCCAUGGACAUUGAUACAUCGGUGGCUGAAAAUGGUGGAAUUAAUAACAAGGUACAUGAAUACAAUGGAGAUGAAGCUAAAGAUGCAGAUGGUCUUGCAAAUGGUCAAGAUGGGGUGCUACCUCCAGAGGACCAGCCAAAUACAGAAAAGGGUACUGAAGUUAGAGCAAAUGAUGAAAAUAUGGUGCCAUAGAUGAGAAUAUAUAUAUAUAGUGCCGCCAUCCCCGAGUUACAGAGGCAGCCAAUGAGCAUAGCAGAGCAGAGUGCUUUUAUCUUAAUUACAGAGAACUGCUUGCUUUCCUGUAGUUGUGGCUUACUUAUCAAAAAUGUUUUUGCCAUCUUAAUUUAUAUGUCUUGGCCUCAAAAUUUGACCAAAUAAUUUAAUGAGAAGGAAACCAUGACAAAUUUUGAGUGCAAGUGCCACCAUAACAAGCAUUUAUUUCAAA